AUGUUCUUCCACGGGAUUUCGUGCGAGGAGAUCGGCUUACCCAGCGUCCGCUCCCUGCGCAAAAUCCACCUAGAGUACCUAAGGGGACGUGUCUACCCUGCUGGCAGGAAGGCUGAGACCCUGGGAACACGAGACCGCUGGUGUCUGUUGUGUGGGGACGCGGUGGGUGUUUGUGAGGGGGCACACGGAAGGCGUUUUAUCUCCCAGCGCUGCUCUCUAGAGUUUUUAGAAGACAUAGUGGAAUAUGCCAGUGUACGAAGAACCAAGCACAUAUCUGGGUCUCCAAGACACAAAAGUUUGAAGAAGAUGCACUUCAUCAAGAACAUGAGGCAGUAUGACACAAAGAACAGCAGGAUAGUAUUAAUCUGUGCUAAACGAACACUGUGUGUGGCUUUUUCUAUCCUACCGUACGGGGAAAGUUUACGGAUCAGUGAUCUAAAAAUGGAAGGACAGAAACAACGACAUCCUUCUGGGGGAGUUUCAGUCUCCACUGAGAUGGUGCUUGGACUGGAAGGAGUAGAGCUAGGAGCUGAUGGCAAGGUUGUGUCCUAUGCAAAAUUCUUGUAUCCAACCAAUGCCCUAGUUGUCCGCAAAACUGACAGCCAUAGUGUUGUUCCUCCAUGUCGAGCUAGUGCUUCACGGAGUCUUCCUGGAUCGAGGUAUAAACCUGUGACAGCAAAAACAAUACCAGCAGGAACUGAGAUAGGAAGUGAAGCUGGGGAAGCAGCAGAGUAUGAUCCAAAUCUUCUGGAUGAUCCUCAGUGGCCUUGUGGAAAACACAAGCGUGUUCUUAUCUUUGCCUCUUACAUGACAACAGUCAUAGAAUACGUGAAACCCUCGGACCUUAAAAAGGAUAUGAAUGAAACCUUCAGAGAGAAGUUUCCUCACAUCAAGUUGACAUUGAGCAAAAUUAGGAGCUUAAAAAGAGAGAUGCGGAAUCUGAGUGAAGAGUGCAAUCUGGAGCCAGUUACUGUGUCCAUGGCUUAUGUUUACUUUGAGAAGCUUGUUCUCCAAGGCAAACUCAACAAACAGAACCGCAAACUGUGCGCUGGUGCUUGUGUUCUGCUUGCGGCCAAGAUCAGCAGUGAUCUCAGGAAACAUGAAGUCAAACACCUUAUAGAUAAACUAGAGGAGAGAUUCAGAUUCAACAGGAGAGAUCUAAUUGGCUUUGAAUUCACCGUGCUCGUAGCUUUGGAACUGGCUCUCUAUCUUCCUGAAAACCAAGUUUUACCUCAUUACAGGCGGCUCACACAACACUCUUAACCAAAGCUACGUUCCAGCUGAUAGCCAGUGGCUCUGGGAAUAGCAUCACUGAACACUGCUGCUGAACUUGCCCCCGGCCUUGCUAUGCCACAGUGCUCAUCCUGUCAUGGCUACAGUUACUUUUGAAGUCUGCAGCAUUUUUUUAAACCGUCCAGGUGUGCGUUAUGGAUAUGUAUGCUGAGUCUGGGAGAUGGUACGGAAAGAGUUGUUGAACUUCAUUUUCUUUUGGACGUUUGAAGCACAAAUAUUCACCAGCUGGCUGUCAUGGCUGCUGAUUAUUCCUUAUUUAUCUUUUCAGUUUCACUAAAACUGUUCUUCCCUAUGAAGAAUUGUAUGGUAUUGUGGGUUUUUUGGUUCUGUUUGUUUUGAUUGUUUCUUGUUUGUUUCUUUAAGGCCUUUAUUUGCUUCCUUGAAACUAAAGGAAGCAUCACUUCCAUUCCAGUGCAUCACAAAGUUCAGAUGUUUCUAAGAAUCUUCUCACACUUCAACGUCAAUGAAAUGCAUACUUUAUUUUUUUAAAGAUGUGCCUAAAACCUAGCUGGUCUGGAACCAGUACUUUUUAAGUUAGUUAUGUUGUUUAGUGGGGAUUCCUGAAUUUAUAUAGCCAUUUAUUCUUUACCUGCAUUGGCCUUGCAUAUAGGAAAAACGAUUCCAGUAUAUCUGCACUAAUGACAAAAGGGCAUCUAUACUGUGCUAUAGAUGUGUGAGUAGCAAGACUGAAAUUACUCUGUUUCAAUUUAGUUAACUAUUAAUACCUUAAGAAUAUACAUUUUAUUUCAAAAUGAUUGUUCCAAAAUCUGUCAUGAAAUAUCACGUGUUGAACAAGGUAGGUGCAGCGAAGUGAUUGCCAUUCUAAUCCAUUCUUCAGUGGAAGGUGAGCACUUGACUAAGAAGAGCAACUUGCUGUCAAAUGUAUCAUUUGUGAUUUUGAUUUGUUUCAAUGUUCUGUAGUCUGAAAUAAGCACCUUUUUAGUAUGAUUGUCAUAUAUGAUCUUGUGUGCUCUAAAGACAAUAUUUAAGUCAGUAGAGUUAUUGCUAUCAAACAAAGCCAAUGAAACAAAGCAUGCUCAAUACUAAAAAUACUGCUUUUUUUUUUUUUACUCUGUUCUUCCAAGCGUUGUCAUUGUAAUGGUCCUCAUGAAACUGGCAUUUGUUGCACAUCUGACUGAACAGCCACUUAAUGGCUGAUGUCCAGCAGCGCUCUAAUGCUUAUGCAGAGGUUAAAUAACUUUGACCAAUGACAAUUCCUUUGUGUAUUUUUAAAAUACCCAGACUGGGAAUGAAUUCAGAUAUAAGUGGAACCUUUAGAGUUAUUGGCUCUUGGUUUUAUUUUCCUGAGCAAUAUUAUGAUACAAGUAACUGUCCAUUUGCAAGGAACAAACCUGAUGGUUGGCUAUUAUGAUAAGAAAUCUGUAAUUUAAGUUUGACUCCUAAAUGAAAUGCUAGACCUCGUACUGAGGUAAGGAUACCUGCUUUGAAAUAUGUAAAGUAAUGUAAAUGCCUGUUCCUUGUAUUCAGUGUUUGUUGUAGGUAAAAACAAAGCUGGAACUCUGUUAUUCAGCUGUGUUUUGCUUGAAGCUAAUUUGGCUUCAUUAGAUUGCAGCAAACUUUAUUGGAGCCCAUUCCUCUCUAAGAAGGGCUCAAAAUGUAUUUUUCAUAUAACUACAGUGACUAUCAAACCUUUUGUAACCGUGUUCAACUCUGUGUAUGUAACUUAAGGUAUUUGUGUGAAGUUUAAUAUGCUUGUAACUUCCCUUUAACACAAAGGGACUUUCCAGUCUUCUAAAAUGAGAUGAUAGCUAACCAGUUAGAAAAUAAGCUUGUCGGUUAUCUUCCAAAGGUUUACAAAAUGUCUACUAGUUAAACUUUCUACUGAAUGUAACUGUCAUUGCAUGCAAGAAAUACCUAAGUAUUAAACAUUUAGCAUAUACAUAAGUCUUGAAAUUAGCAAACAGUGGUGGACUCGACUAUAGUGGUCCACUACUUACUAAACAAUUGUGGAGAGAGGAAAAAAUUGUGUAGAAAUUUCUCACACAAUAUCUCCAGAUGCUCAUACUAACUGAAGUAUUCUACUGUAUAGUCAGAAAAAACUCUUCAGAAGUUCCUGGAGAAUUAUAUUCUCCAACUGUUAACUUUCCUUUCUCACAGAGUAGGAAAAAAAUAUAUAUGCUUUGAUUUUUUUUGGAACUCUUAGUGAUCUCUAUUCGGUGGAAGUUUGCCUAGUUACAGUCGGCAUUUGGGCUGGAGUGAAGUCGCAGAAUGGAAGCUAUGGCAUCACAAGAUUUUUUUUUUUUUUCCUCCUCUUUCAGAAGAACAAAUUGGAGUACAGAAUAUUACGUUACAAAAUGCCGAAUGCUGUUUUAAAAACAACUAAACAUUUCGUCAGGCACAUGCAGAGUCCUUGAGCUCGAAAGCUGUACGGAGUACAAGCCAAAAAUGACAACAUGUAGUGAUCACUGUGCUUGCGUUUCUGGAGUAAACAGAAGGCAAUUCUCGAGUGACACUGUAAAACAUUAGUUUCAGACUGAUGCCAGCCAGACACUUAGUCUGCAACUUUUAAAUGGGUACCUCUUUCGUCACCUGUGCAGAAGCAGUGGUUCUGCAGGGAUGCACUAACUUAGGUGUGUGUGUGUUUAACUUUUCUAUUUCCUGAGUGUAGCUUGCAGUCUUGUUCAUUUAAGCCUGUGUGGUAAUAUUUAUCCUUUUACCUAAAAGCUGCCACCGUGUGGCAAAGAAGUAUUACUACAUUAUCGAUUAAUAACCUAAAAAUGGGACCUAAAAACAAUGCAUCUGCCAGCUUUACCCUUUCACAGUCGAACUCCUCUUGCUCCGACGGGAGACGCUGGUUUACACUGAGGGGUGCUUUAACUCGUGUUCCGUGUAAAUAUGAUGCUGCUUUGACUCAGCACGGGCAACUCUCUUGAUAAGAAAGAGGCUGUACGUUUUUCUGUAAACAAUACUGUUACGUCUGUGUCCUAGUACAUUAAUUUAAGCGUAGCCCGUUCCAUAUUUUUCCACAUGAAUUAACUUGUGAAAUUCCAGAUGCUGUGAAAUAAAAACAGUUUUUGAUACAC